AUGUCGAAAGAAACAGCGUCUAUGAGAGAAAUACAACACAACCGACAACUCAUUUUGCAAGCUCUAAAUAAGAACACAACAAACUUUUCAAACUAUUCUAAGAUAUCUGAGUCAUUGAAAGAAGGAAACUUAAAACUGACAUUAAACCCAAUGACAGAUGAGUUUCUGUUUCAAGACAAUAAGAACCAUACUGUCUGUAUAAAUCCAACAAAAGGAACUUUAAACGAGAAACCUAUAAAUGAACUUCUUUUGAAAGCAGAUGUUGACAACAAAGCUGACAAAGAGUAUGUCAUUGAAAAAGUUCAAGAAGAACAUGACAGAGCAGAUGCAACAUAUGCAACGAAAGAACAUACUCAUCCUGAACUAGCAGACAAAACAUAUGUUGACAAUAAAAUGUCAAGUGAAGUGACAAGAGCUGAAAACGAAUAUUCUAAAAAGACUCAUACACAUACCAUUGCAAAUAUUACAAACUUACAAGAAACCUUAAACAAGAAAAGUGACGUUGGACAUACACACGAUUUCUUCGCAACUGUUGGUAUAGAAAAUAUUGCAGGAACGGUUGAAGAACCUGAUGGAACUGGUGGGGAUGUAUUAAAUUGGAAACCUCCUAACUUUCCACAAGGUUUAACAUCGGAUGAAGACAUAACGACGAUGAAAUACACUAGAUGUAGAAAUGUCUAUGUCAUGGAGGAUGAAAACAAUGUUAAAUUCACUGCUCAAGAUUUAUAUGAUAAGAAAGCUGACAAAACAUAUGUUAACGAUGAGUUAGAUAAAAAAGCUGACAAAACAUAUGUUAACGAUGAGUUAGAUAAAAAAGCUGACAAAACAGAGCUUCAAACGUUAAAGACAGAAAUACUUCAAACACUAUAUCCUAUAGGCUCUAUUUAUACGUCAAUGAACUCAACAAAUCCAGAAGUAGUACUUGGUUUUGGAACUUGGACUCAAAUAGUCGACAGGUUUUUGUAUUGUGCAAACUCUUCAAAGGAAACAGGUGGAAGUAAAACGAUUUCAGGUGAAAAUCUACCUGCACACAGUCACUACAUAGAUUUAAGUACAUCUCAAGCAGGUUGGCAUAAGCAUAAUUUUUGGGAUUGGUCAGCAAUGAAAAAAGGUAAAGGAUAUGAUGUUAAAGACAACGUUCAGUUUGCUAUAAAUUGUUUCUGGGGUAACACUCAGGGAGAUGGAAACCAUACACAUCGCGUUUCAGGAUAUACACAAACAACGGGACAAAGUAAAGACUACAUGCCACCUUACAUGACAGUUUACGCAUGGUAUAGAAAUGCUUAG